AUGCAAUCGCGUACCGAUAUGCGUGAGGGGUUUGUGUUUCCCCUCCUCUGGGGACUUCCUAUAAAGACACCCAACCCGGAGCCAACCCACUGGCUUGCUCAUAUUCCCAACUCCAAGGCUAAAUUUGAUUUGUCACUUCCGACAUGGCGACCCAAUACCAGCUACCCUUCAAGGUAUGACCUCUGCGCCCUCUGCGGGGUGUUCGGCGAGAUGUCCGAAGCGCUAGCCGAUCCUAGCCUUCUGCAUUUUGACUCCUUCGUCGGUGACAAAUGGGUGGGCGCAAAGAGCGGCAAGCGCUUCGAAGUACUCGACCCCGGUACCGACAAGGCGUGGGCGAGCUGUCCCGCUAACUCGGCAGAAGAUGUAUCUGAAGCCGUUGAAACCGCCCAUGCAACAUUCGAGCAGUACCGCAAGGUCCUCCCGCGCCAGAGAGCCAAGUGGCUGCUCAAAUGGCAUGACCUCACACUAGCAGCUCGAGACGAUCUCGCCCAGAUUGUGACACACGAGACUGGAAAGCCUUUGGCAGAGGCUUACGGCGAGAUAGAUUACUCCCUGGGAUUCCUGUGGUUUUUCUCCGGGGAAUGUGAACGAAUCCAAGGCACUGUCUCACAAGCCGCCGCUCCAAAUCGCCGCUUGUUUACUGUUAAAGCGCCAAUUGGAGUGGCCGCAGCCCUGACUCCUUGGAACUUCCCUGUCGCUAUGGUUUUACGAAAGGCGGGAGCCGCUUUGGCAGCGGGGUGCACUAUGGUCGUGAAACCCAGUCCUGAGACACCUAUCUCUGCACUCGCUUUGGCGGAGCUGGCGUUGCGAGCUGGUUUCCCCCCGGGCUGCGUCAAUAUCUUGACCACAGAUCUUGACAAUACUCCAAUCCUGAGCGAGACACUUAUCAAGCACCCGCUCAUCAAAAAGGUCUCGUUUACUGGUUCAACACGGGUAGGAAAGCUGGUGGCGUCGCACUGCGCUCAAGGUUUGAAGAAGCUGACUCUGGAGCUGGGCGGCAAUUGUCCUUUCAUCGUUUUCGACGAUGCCAAUCUCGACCAAGCACUUGAACAGCUGAUGGCUCUCAAAUGGCGCCAUGCUGGCCAGGCGUGUAUCACCGCCAACCGGAUUUAUGUACAGGCUGGGGUUUUCGAUCGCUUUGCUGCUCUUUUGAAGGAGCGCACGGCUACUCUAGUCGUCGGCCACGGUUCCGCCUCUGAUACUACGAUGGGCCCUCUGACAACACCUCGAAGCAUUGACAAGGCCAUUGCUCAGAUUGAGGAUGCUCGUCGUCUCGGUGCCGAUGUUCUCUUAGGUGGUAACCCGGUUACGUCAAAGCCAGGCUACUUCUUCGAGCCUACCAUUCUUUCGGGCAUGACAGAGGAUAUGCUCAUCUCACAGGAAGAAUCGUUCGCCCCUAUUGCUGCAUUGUACCGAUUUGAGACAGAAGAACAAGCUGUUAAGCUUGCCAAUGACACUAGUAUGGGUCUGGCUAGUUAUGCGUUCACAAAAAACAUCGAUCGCAUGUGGCGCCUCUUUGAGAACCUGGAGGCUGGAAUGAUCGGAAUGAACACGGGCAACCAAUCAGCUGCCGAGUCACCUUUCGGGGGUAUCAAGGAGUCUGGAUAUGGAAAAGAGAGUGGAAAGGACGUGGCUGUUAAUGAGUAUUUGAUCACCAAAACGGGAACUUUGACGCUUGAAGGACACUAUUGA